CUCUCAAAGCAGCCAAUGGAAACGAUCUUCCACCUUCAAUUUCAAGUAACCACCACCCAACACUCUCUAACGGAUAAACCACAGAUGGCCUCCACUCCCAUUCUCUCACCCUACACCACUACCACCACCACCAACCCCGCCGCCGCGACCCCCUCUUUAACUCUCCAAUCUCACAAUUUCUGCUCCAAACUCGGACUCCCUGUAAAACACAGACGACAAAUCACUAAGCUUCAGGUGUCUUCCCCCACGAACAAUCCCGUCACCAAGCCCUCCUCCCCAAAACCCACCCAAGAAAUCGUAUUCUUCGACGGUGGGGCCCACUACGGUGACCUUUUAGCGAACCUGCUCCUGGGUUUUACUAUUCUGUGGCUUCCAUUGACUCUGGCAGCUGUUUCAAGGGCAUUUUAUCUCAGAUACAGGUUCACGAACCUGCGUGUGACGGUGAUAUCGGGACUGACGGGUCAGGACAGGAGUGACUUCUCUUACAAAGUUAUUAAGGACGUCCAGGUUGUGCCUCGUUUUGUGGGUGAGUGGGGUGACAUUGUCAUUACCUUGAAGGAUGGUACCAAGGUUGAUCUUAGAAGUGUGCCUAAAUUUAGGGAGAUUGCCAAGUAUUGUCUAUCUAUGGCUGAGGAGCCUGCAGCUUUGAAGGAAUCUGGGCCUAAAGGGUUUUAGAGGUGAUGGUUUUUUCCAGAUCAUGUUACUUGAGACCCAGUUUAAUCUGGUAUUUUUGUGGGAGACCACUGACUCUUAAAUUGGCCAUCUCCGUCCGUCCGAAUAUAUCUAUGAAGAACUUUGACACUUUCUUUUGGGCAAUUUUUGACAUUUCGGGUGCACAAUUUGUAAUGAAAAGAUGAUAUGAACAAUGCAAGUUGUUGGUUCUGAUUAAACAAACGAAACGGGUGGAUAAACUCGGGUUUCACCAUCGUCAGGA